GGAAGCCACGUCUCUUAAGCCAGCAAACCCCCAAUAAACAGCUGCAAAAACAUAGCAGUCUUCAUGGGAAGAGAGCGGAGGAGUCAUUCAGAUUGAUCAGCAGGACUGAGUAGAAACCUGAGCUUUCACAUAUAUUUCAAGCAUUCGUGUGUGUGUUCUGAAAGCAGACGGGCAUCUUUGGACAAGAAGACCUGGAAUAUAUCUGUUGCUCUGGGAAGGAUCGGACUAACCUCUGGGACGAACAUUUUAAAUACAAGAAUUGAAAGAGAGCAACUUCAAAUCAGCAAGAAGCCAAAGAACAUGGGUACCUGCCCCAUCAGAUGUAGAUCCAACUUGACAAGCUUAGAAAAUCCACCUGAACCUGUAUCACCAGCCUCGCAGGAGAGCAUGAUUGUGUCCCUCUGCAACUACCCGUCCUUCGGUCACACAGAACUGACCAUGUGCAUUGGGGAAAGACUCGUCAUCAUAUCAGAUGAUGGUGACUUUAUGAUGGUGAGAUCCACUACCACAAAUCUUGAGAGCUACAUUCCCACCAACUACACUGCCAAGGUUACAUAUAAUUGGCUGUUCACCGGCAUCAGCAGGUACAAAGCAGUGGAGCUGCUCAUGCAGCCCAAUAACAUAAGUGGAGCCUUCAUGAUCCGAGAGUCAGAGACAAACAGAGAUGGCUACACGCUGUCUGUCCUGAGGAGAACCAACCCUUCGUACCUGGACAGUGUGAAGCACUACCGCAUCUCUCACCUCCAAAACGGCUGGGUCUACAUAUCUCCAGGACUCACCUUCCCCUCCCUGCGUCACCUGGUGGAACACUAUACAGAGUCUGCAAAUGGAUUGUGCUGUCGGCUGACAGUGCCUUGCUUCAUCCAGGGUUCAGACAACUCCAGACAGACAGCCAGGCCUAUACCAACAACCACCCGGAGGCCUACCAUCAACUGGAAGGACAUAAGCAGGUCUGUGAUCUUCAGGAGGAAGAGAACAGAGUCGGACCACUCUCUGGUGAGCGAAGGGCUGAGGGAGGCCAUCAGCUCCUAUCUCCAAAUGACAGAAGAUAAUGAUCAUAGCUGGGACACUUGAGGAAAGAUGGUUCAGUUCAGUGUGGGGAGAAAGAAGCUGACAGAGUGCAGCGAGAUGCUGCCCUGUCUCACCUGCUGUCUGGACAAUCCAGUGGAAGAGGUCGUCUGCAUGCCCCAAUGUGGUCUUCGAGGAACGCCCUGGGAUAGCAGGAGGGCUGAGGCACUACAAUGUGUAAAGUUGUGACAUACUGUAGGAUAUGUCAGUAUGUGGACUGCUUUUUUGUGUCCAAACAGGCACACAGUGGAGAUGUGAGCAGAAAAUGGAGAGCCAGUGAACCAUUUUCUGUUUGGUCUUGUUUGGUAUCAAACAUUUAAUUAUUGUGAAUGUGUCUUAAAUUAUAACCUAAUUAUAUGUACAUGCUGUUUGAAUGUAAUAGUCUAAGUGAACUAUAUUGCAGUGUGCAGUUAUGUAAUUGGAAUCCAAUAAAAUAUGUUUGUUGUGUAAUAAAUGAGCAACACACAAAUAA